AUGUCCAUGAGCCAUGGUCGGUCCAAGAAGCAGCAGCAGAACGGCCAUAGCAAGGAGAGUGUCAAGAAAGGUCAGGUCAACACCGUUUUUCCCAUCUGUCGCCCACCACCAAAAUGUGCCAAAACGGACGUAGCCAAUGGAAAUGGGGCCUCGGUGCGGUAUACUCCGGGUCAAAUUAUUCGACCACGAGCUGCCCAGUGAGUUUUUGUAUUGCUUUGUUGAUUUUUAGGUAACAAGCGGAAAAAUUGUGGUUUUUUGAUUGAUUUUUGGCUUAGAUUUGAAAAAGUAACUAAAAGUUUUAUUUGUUGUUACGCAAGGCUUUUUUUAAUGAAUAUAUUUAUGAAAACUUGUUUUUAGUCAACCACGGAUUGUUACCUCAGUGGCCGAGUUUGUUUCUGAAGUGAUUCCUCAAGGGUCAACCCAAAAUCACAAUCAAAAUGAGCCAAUCCAAUGGGUCAGGAUUCAAAAGAUUGCUUUUGGUAUGUUUUGAAACGAUUUUAAUUUUUAUAUUAGUGUAGGUUAUAUUCUUCACGAUUUGCUAAAAAUAUCAAGUAAACCACAAAAUGUUUAGAGCACAACACGGAGACCUUCUUGGUUGUUGUUGGCCUGGUCCGUGGAUAUCAGAUAUUCUUGAUGAGGCCCUCUGGAGAGUGUGAGGAGGUCUUGUCGGAGCGUCGUGGCCCUCUACGUGUAGCUCACUUGCUGCCAGCUUCAGAGAAGUCUGAAGACAAGUUUGAGAACGAACGACCGCUGGUCGGUCUUGUCGAUGGAAAUCCGAUGGCAGCUGACAAUAAGUUCUGCUCUGUGAAUGUGAUUUCCUUGAGGACGGGGAAUUCUGUUCAUAUCUUGAAGUUUGACGAGCCGGUUCUUGAUCUGAACAGUACCAAGUCGUAAGUUUUUAUGUUUUUGGUUGACCUUUAGGUAAAAAGCGGCUUGUGAAGCGAGUAACUACAACAAUAUUUAAAUUUUUACAUAAAUAUUGUUUCAGGUGCAUUGUUGUCGUAUUGUCAUCGUCAAUAGUAGUAUUCGACUUGAAUACCCUUCAAGAAAGGACAACAAUACCCGUAAACCCUAAUGACGCACCACUAGCACCAGUUUACGCGAUCUCUGACUCAAUUCUAGCUUUUGCUGACAAGAAUUUCAAUCUGGAAAUUCAAUCGUGUGGUGGACGUUGUGACAGCGAUGAUCAAUCUUACAGUGGACAAGUCAUGAGCGCAGCUAAAUCAUUGUCGAAGACUGUAACAUCACUCGGCGAAUCCAUUGUGUCAUCCUUCUCGAGUCCUGGAGACAAAAAGAAUGGAGUUUUGUUGAGAAAAGGCAUUGUUUCGGUCAUUUCGACUGCUCAUGUACCUGAUAAUGACAAUGUAAGCACUUGUUUUUGAUUUAAAACUUUAAGUAGGAAGAAAUUUUGUAAUAUUAUAGUUAAUACAUAUUAGUGCAAAUUAUGUUUUUAGGACCACUCUCACUACCUAGCUCAUUUUAUCGCACAUGAAUCGCGCGUCGCCUGCCUCGCUUUCGGUCACGGUGGUCGACUUUUAGUGACUGGAAAUGAAAUUGCCACCACCUUCAACGUGUUCGUUCUUCAUCCUCAUCCAACUGCACCUUCACUCUCUUCAGUACAACAUAUCUACACUUUGCAUCGUGGCAGUUCCGCGGCCAAAGUCAUUGACACUGCUUUCACAUCGGAUAAUAGAUGGCUAGCUAUUGCGACGAAUCACGGCACGACACACGUUUUUGCGAUUUCACCGUACGGAGGUCCGGUCACGUUCAGAACUCACGGUGGAAAGUUCGUGAACAAAGAGAGCCGUUUCGAACGGACAGCUGGACUAACACAAGAGAAUCAGGUGUCAUACAGUGUUCAUUCGAAAACACCCGCUCCCGGAUAUUUGUACAAGUACGUUGAAUUUGUAGUUUUUUGAUUUUUAAAUAUUAAUUUUGGGUCUCUGUUUAAAUAUGACGUAAAAUUUAAAAGAAGCUUAACAGAGAAUAUUAACUAAAAGUUUAAAGAAAAAUUAAAAAUGAUCUUAUUUUAGAGACCACCCUCACCUGAAGCACCAGCUUCUAUCCAAAACUGUCCUUAACCCUCGCCUCUCCAAAUAUCCACCCCCAAUCGUCCUGUGGGCUCAAGCCAAGAUCAAGCAAAAGGUUUUCUCGGCCGAAAACUUUAGUGCCUGGGCCACAGACAACUCUCCAGUACCAAUCUCUAGUUCGAACUGGUCUCCUCACAUGGCUAAUGGACAACCUUUGGUCUUCGAAUCACUGCGAAGAAUGUCGUUGUGCUUUGGCACAGUCUAUGGAAGCAGAUGUGCUGCACCAGACGUACCAGUUCUGUUCGUAAUGGGACCAGAUGGUAUCUUGAGUCAGUACAAGAUGGAUGUGAAAAGGGAGAGGUUCAAUUCAAGUGGCAGUGUAUCUUCAUUGAAUGCUGAUGACUCGAACAAAACUGUUGAAGCUCCAGUUAGGGUUAGAGUAGUGGCACUGAGUGAAUGGAGUCUUACUAGGUGGGUUUUUUGAAAUUUACAAUUUAAAUUUUGGUUUUAAAUUUUAUUGAUUUUUCAUAAUAAAAUUGAAUUUUUAAACAAAAUUAUUACCUUUUUUAUUUUCUGUGUCAUUUUAGAUCGAAAGGAACAGUAGGAGUAGAUUUUAUCUGUCCUCCGUUGCCGGAGGGCUCGAGUUUGUUGGAAAUCACUGAUCCGAACAAUGAGAAGAAGCGCGGGCGCUUCCGAAAAACAACUCAGGGUUCAUGGCUUCCUCACGUCGAGAUCACAACGUAUUCGGGACCACAUCGUCGUAUCUGGAUGGGGCCACAAUUCUCUUUUGGGGUGUACGCGUUUACAGGGCAUUCGAGUGCUGAACUGGUAAGAUUUUCAGUUUUUAGGUAUGAAAAUCUGAAAAAGUCGAAAUAAUUACGUCAUUUAUCAAUAGUAUGGUUAUAAAUAAGAAAUGCGUUUACUAUGUGUUUAUGUUGCACAAAUUGAUUCUUUUGAAAUGCACUUUUAAGUUAUUAUAUCUUUAUAAACUUUACAACUAAUCUAAAACCUAACAGGUGGCUCUUUAUACAUAUAUUCAAAUACUUUAAAAAGGGUCAUAUCAAAAUAUGUUAUACGGACUUUAUAUCAAAGUUCAAAAUGUCCGUUUGCAGGUCAGCCCUGGAGGCAAAAACAACUCAAUGCACUUGUUCACCACCCCUCAGAAGUGUUGUCCCGUGUUGAUCGAGAAGAAUUCGAACAACAUGAACGGCCGAACCGAAGGUCUUGAGAAUGCCACUAAAAUACUAUGUGGCUCUUUUACCGACCCGGUCAUGUACGGCGACGAUCCAUUGGCCUCGUUGAAGGAACAACUCGAGGAUGCCAUGCAGGACGAGCUCAAGUCCAAGGAAAACCGCUUCGACAGCUCCAGUCCAAGCUCGUCCAGUUCAAAGUAA